UUUCUCGGAUCUGUAAAUAGAUGGCGCUACAGCAUUUUUUACUUUCCAUUUUCGCAAUGCGAAGAGGUAAAGGUACUUCUGUGAACUAGGAAGAGGCGAUCUAAUGAAAAAUUCAAGAGAAUUAUAAAUUAGUGUUCAGAAUUAAAAGUAUGAAAUUUAGUGAACAUUUACAAGCUCAUCUUACACCCGAAUGGCGCAAGCAAUACAUUGAUUAUGAGAAUCUUAAGGAAAUUAUAUACAAAUACUGUGAGAAUGUUCCACAAAAGGAGGAAGUUGGAGAGCAGGCUGUGGAAAGAUAUACUAACAAAAUAGAAGAGGAAUUUUUCCGAGUAAGUGAUAAAGAACUCACAAAAGUCAACACAUUUUUCUCAGAAAAAUUGAAUGAGGCAACGAGGCGUUUUGCAAGUCUACAAGAUGAAUGUCGACAAUUUAACAAUAAAUCCAAUCAGCCUGCAAUGCCCCCUAGAGUUCGGUCUCGGAAGAGUUCCAUAUUUUUCUUGGAAAUGAAGGACCCAACGAUGAAGGCUCUGAAUAGAACAGCGACGGAUCUGAAGCUUGCUGUCACAGAAUUCUACCUCAACCUGAUCUUACUACAGAAUUAUCAGAAUCUCAACUUCACCGGAUUUCGUAAAAUAUUGAAGAAACAUGACAAAAUGUUUGGGACAGAAAAAGGGCUAAAUUUCCGAACCAAAGAAGUAGAAAGGUCACCGUUCUUCACCUCCAAACAGAUUGACAAGUUGAUCCUUGAUACAGAGACCCUGUACAUCAAUGAACUUGAAGGCGGAAACAGACAGAAAGCUAUGAACAAGCUAAGGGUGCCGCCACUUAAAGCUCCGAAAAUGAAUUGGAGCACAAUGCGUGUUGGAUUCUUUUCUGGAAUUUUCUUGGUGCUAUGUAUUAUUAUAAUUUUAGUUGCAAUAUAUUUACCAAUGGAAAUAGAUGUAUAUCCUGCUUUGAAGAUGUAUCGAGGUGUAUUUCUCAUCAUAUUCAUUAUUUUUUUACUUGGUCUGAAUACUUACGGUUGGCGCAAGGCGGGUGUAAAUCAUGUACUUAUAUUUGAGUUAGAUCCCCGGAGCAAUCUUACCCAUGAACAGCUUCUGGAAAUUGCUAUGUUUUUUGCGGUGCUAUGGGGGUUAAGUAUAAUAAGCUUCAUGUACUGUACGGUGACUGCGAUACCGCCCUAUGUCAACCCACUCUUGCUCGUCACAUUCUUAGCCGUGUUUCUUAUUAAUCCAUUUCCAAUCCUGUACUUUAAAGCCAGAGUUUGGCUUCUUAGAGUCUUACUACGUAUUAUCUUAGCGCCGUUCUUUCCAGUUGGUUUCGCUGACUUCUGGCUGGCUGAUCAGCUCAAUAGUCUUGUUACUGUUUUACUAGAUUUUGAGUUUCUUAUAUGUUUUUAUAUCUGUGAAGUAGAUUGGACAAGUGGCUCAUGUUCAGUAACAUGCGGUACGUAUGGUUAUGGAGCUCGUGCCGUUGUCGCAUGUUUACCUGCUUGGUUUCGGUUCGCACAGUGUUUACGUCGGUACCGUGACACCAAGUUAGUCUUUCCUCAUCUAGUAAAUGCUGGGAAAUAUUCUACAACGUUCCUAGUCGUUAUUUUUUCAUCAUUAUAUAAAUUAAAUAAUGAUUCAUCAUUUUACAAUAAUCCUCUGUUUUACUUCUGGGUUGUAAGUGCUGUGUUUAGUUCUUGCUACACCCUAUCAUGGGAUAUUAAGAUGGACUGGGGUUUGUUAAGUUUAAAGAAUAAAGAAAACAAACUGCUUAGAGAGGAAAUUGUAUACCCUCCAAAGACGUAUUACCUUGCCAUGUUUGAAGAUUUCAUUUUGAGGUUUGCAUGGACAUUGACAGUGACGAUGUCGAUCAAGUAUAGCAUGUUCAACCCCUACAUUGAUAUAAUAAUCACCAUGCUAGCCAUCCUAGAGGUGUUCCGGCGAUUUGUGUGGAACUUCUAUCGUCUAGAAAACGAGCAUCUGAACAACUGUGGUGAGUUCAGAGCUGUGCGAGACAUCUCUGUGGCACCUCUAACGGAAGAUGACUUCAAGGAUCUGGAGUGUAUGAUGGAUGAUGAAGAAGAAGUUCCUCGCUACAAAUCAAAGUCUAAAGAGAAUGGUCGUGUAGUGCGUUGGAAAAUGGAUGAAGAGGAGGAUGAAGAUGACGAAGAUGAAGAAAAUGUGUUAAUAGAAUCACCUUUAAAUUCAUCUUAUUCAUUGACUAUUCGAAACGUGAAGCCAUAACGCAUUUCCAGAGAUUGGGGCGCAGCCGUCUCCAUUGAAAUUGUGUCAGUACUGUACUUCUGCAAAUAGUCUAAACAGAUAAUGAGAAUUUUCAUUUUGUGGAGAUAGUUGAGGUAUUUGUGUAAUUCGAUGCCUGUAUGAGGUGAACUACACAAACCCAUCAGAUAUUUGUCUGUCAGACUUUGGUGGUGUGUACUUGUUUAAGACAUCUAAAACUCUGUCCAGUCAGACUAUAUGAAAAUAUGAUGGACAUUUUUCCUAUCUAUUAGAAGUUCAACAGUGCUCUAGUUCAUCAGAUAAAUUUUGAUCAUUAUCACUUUGUUCAAUCUGACAGACAAAAUCGUAUAGUGUAUGCAAUGGCUGUUAUAUGCUUAUAGUGUAUACCAAUGCUUAAUGCAAAUGUAGGACCAAUAAAAAUAUAAUACAUUGUGGGACCUUAGCAAACCAGUUUGACCAUGUGUGUACUGUGUUGUUUCCAAUACAGCAGAGCUUUAUUCAAUGCAACUAUGCAAGAUAAAAACCUUGUGUGUGUGAUUAAAUGAUGUAAUAUUUCAAUAACAGUGGCGGAUCCAGGAAUGCAAAAUAGAGGGGCCGGAAAUUGCACUCUCAGACUUUGAAUAUAAUUUUCUUUAUAUCUCUCAUUUCUUUUUUAUUUUGAACAAUUUAGGGGAAGCCCCCCCCCCCCACCUUUGAAUCCGCCACUGAAUAAUUUGUAUGUCCACCAAAGCUUGCUGUAAUAGACUGGAAUUAGAUAAAUUCUGAAGAAAAUCUAUUUUAUACAGAAGAAAAUAAAUGUUUAUUGAAUAUUAAUCGAGGAAUAUUGCAAUAAAAAUAAUUUUUUAAUUUUUGUUUAUUAUCAAUAUAAUAAUUAUUUUAGUACAGUUCAUCUUGUGAACUAAUGAUUGUUAAAUAUGUAUACAGUAUAAAUACAUUUAUUUUAUUAAUUCAAUGUGGUUAUUAAGGUGUUAAAAUCAUGGUGAGAUAAAGGUGCUAUCAUGUUCUAUAGACAGAAAACAUCAAAGCUCAUAUGUUAACUAGUAGAAUGACACCUAAACUGUUCAUAAGUGCUCUAAUUAAAGGAAGGAUCUAGGAUUUUGUGGAAGGGCUGGUGGGUGUGACAAAUUUGUCUGUUUCCAUAUAUGGGCAUGAUGAUGUCAUCAAAUAUGGGCAUAUCACAUUUAUUUGUCACAUCAAAUAGUGUAGACAGAGUUUAAGAAAAUGGAUUAUAGAUAUUCACAGCAGUUAGACAUCCAGCCCAGUCUUUAUAUAAAUGGACACAAAGUGUUUUACUUAGUUUAUACUACGAGGUGACAAUAACCUAUUCUUAGCCAAAUAGGUUUCAUGUAAACUACAUGGGACCAAUUACUUCAAAUCCCAUAUGGAAAAUGAGGUAAAUAAACUAGAAAAACCAAAAAAUAGCAUGGGUAUUAUGUCUAAAUAAGUUACCUAAUACUUGAAUAUUAAUUUUGAGAAGUUAUCUCAUUUUAAAUCAUAACCACGGACAUUCAGUGACUUCCACUUCUUUAGACCAAGAUCAGUUGUUAUAUUCCUGGUGUAGUAUAUAAAUAUAUACAUUUGAUUUAAAUAAGAAUAUUAACAAAGGAAUGUGCUAAUUUUUAUAUUUCUAUAUUUUAUUUCUGCUUCCAUUAGAUUAGAAUUGCUAUUUCCGAAAACUCUGCGAUUCUGUUUCUGUCUACCAUUGUCUGCAUUGCUUGUGACUUGUUUAAUGAGAGAGAAUUCUCAUGUUUUGACUAAAAUGGGUGCCUGCACUUUCUACAGACAAUAGUAUUUUUAUCCCAAUUUAGUUGUCUACAUGUGCUGCUUAAAGUAUAUAAAAAGAUAUGAUACGAGAUACGAGCUUCUAUAUUCGCAAUUGUAUGGUACAAAUUGAAAUAUGAAUUUGUGACCAUAUGUUUUGACCAAAAAGAGUAGUGGAAUUUUAAAAUAAUAAACCAAUAUAAAAAAAUUAAAAUUUUAUUGAGAAAUAGAAAAACUGAAAUAAGAUUUAGUUAACUGUUUACUCUAGCUAAGAUUUGCAGUGUGAUUAUGUGACAUUAAACUCUAUUUAAUUUAUGUAUUUAUUGAUUUUCUUCAACAGAUAAAUAUACAUUAAUAUUUUAUAUUGUAUAUGCACAUAAUUUCUGGUUUUGUUAUUUAACUGAAACUGCUUACGGUUUAUCACCAAACACAAAAACCAUCCAAGAUAACUCUGUGAAUAUUCAUGCUUUAUUACAGUUUUCAAAGUAACUCCUUGUGUUUUUUUGUGCUUUACAAAUUUAUAAGCAUUGAUUAAUAAAUAUGCAUACAAAAAUAAAGUCCUUGAUUCAUUCAUACCUCUGGUAGAUAUAAACACGAAUAAAAACCCACACUAUUUUUGUAUUUUUUGAAUAACAGUAAGGUUGUGAUGUAUAUAAGUUGGAUCAGUGUGUUUGAGUUGAUAUUUUUUUCUAUGGGGUUUUACUCUAUAUAGACUGUGCUAAUGUGCAAAAGAAUUUUGAAGUGUGUACUUGAAUAAAUAAAUGUACAAAGAAUAUAUUGUCAUUGUGUUUUCCAAAUAAAAAAUGUUGGAAUUUUAUACACAAA